AUGCUGGAGGAAAAUGAAAAAUAUCAAGAAAAUAAUCAAAACUCCCUGGAAGUGGAAAAGCAUUCUAAGAGUUCCCUGAAGGAAGCACGUAUUUCUACAUCAGAAACCAGCCACUGGUCAGACAAAGAAACAGUAGCUGAAAUAAAAUCCCAAGAAUCAGUCUUGGAAGAAGAGCCAAGUUCAGCCCAGGGCCCAGGGAAUGUUGCAAUUCGAAAACUUGCAAAAGUAAUUUUUGAUGGAGAUGAAACUAAACUAGAAUCAAAGCUACAGCAGCCAUGGAGGGACAAUCUUUUCGAAAGGGUGGAAGCAAGAGCCCGAGAAAUGCAGCAGAAAAUAAUAGAUAAGGAUAAUCUGAAGAAGGAAUUACAAAAAAAGACUGAAAAAAAACUACCUAAGGAUAAUUUGGCUAAAGAGUGGCUUAAUAUUGAUAAUAUGACACUGACUACCCGUGCAUAUUUGCUUGACAAACUCCUACCUACCUUGGUUCCUGGAAUGGAAAAAAUGUUAAUGCAAUUAGAAAAGAAGAAUAUUUUGUCAGCAGCUGAUAUUCCAUCCAAGUUUGAUCCAAUUAAUUAUUUGGGAGAAUAUUUAAUGAGAAACAAUCCUUCUUAUAUUAAAGAAUCAGGAAUGUCUGGUUACCAGAGAGUAAUGAAAGAUGUCACAGAAGACCUGAAGAUACAUGUUCCGGAUACUGUGUAUAACAGAGUAUCCAGAAUGAGGGAGAAUGCUAAAAAGAAUAGAGAACAAAGAGAACAAGUACAUGCAGUGAAAGCCAAGGUGGUCAACAUGCGGAAACAGGCUUUGGAGGAACAGUUCAAAGAAUGGAUUCUAGACCCCAAAGGAAAUAUUCCUAUGACAGUGAUACAGAAUGCUCUUAAUGAUUUUUUUCAGAAGGGCGAGUCUGACCUUGAAUCACAAUGCAAAGAACUGACUAUUAGCAACUCAAUGGAACAAGGAUUGAACAAGUUGGAAUUUAUAGAAUUCAUUUCUCCACACACUGCAGACUUGAAAAGUGAAGCAUUUGAGGAACUUCUUAAGCACCUUUGCCACUAUGCAGAUGAAUUUCGAGAGGUCAUAAAAACUGACAUGAGGAGACAGAUGUUUGUUGAACUCUUUUUGUAUUGUGACCAUGGGAAGACGGGGAGUUUGGAUCGACAGAGGACUUUGGCUUUGCUGGAAUUAUUUUAUGAUCAAAGUCCACAAUCAUUUAGAAGCUUACUCCGAAACCCCAGACAAUGGCCAAUCCUUGAAUUUGAAGAAAUAGACCUUAUUGAAUUCUGGGGAGACAUGGAUAAUCAGAAACAUAUUUAUGAAGAUUUUGAUAAGGUAUUCUUACAAAUGAAUGCAUUACUUGCUGAAAAAGAAGCUGCAAAAGCUCGAAGUAAAUUAUUAGAAAAUCCAGAAGAUCAGCAAAAAGAUGACAAACCCAGAAUAUCAUCACCACCAGGAGAGAAGAGUGAGAUGGGUACAGAACCUGAGUCACUAGGAAUUUCAGUGGAAGAACAAGGAAAAGAGCCAACUGCAAAGGAAGAAUUUUUCACAGAGUCAACUCCAGAACAAGAAACCCCUACAGAACAAGAAAUCCACACAGAGUCAACUCCAGAAGAAGAAAUUCCUUCAGAACCAAAACUAAAUAAAGAGUUAGAAGAGCAAAGACACCACAGAGGGUCAACUGGAGGGAAAGGACAACGCAAAGGGUCAAGAGCAGGAUUACGCAGAAUGUCAGUUUCAGGGCAAAGACAGAGCAGAGGAUCAGUUUCCCAGCAAGGUUCAAUAGACCAAGAACUACAUCCAGACUCAAUUGCAGAACAAGACUCAGAAAGAGAAUCAAUACCGGAACAACAAUCACAUGGAGGGUCUAAUACAGAGCAAGAGUCACCCCGAGACUCAAUUUCAGAGCAAAGGUCACCCCGAGAAUCAUUUUCAGAAGGACAGCGUAAACGGUCAAUAUCACGACAAAGAUCACGUAAAUCAUCAAUUUCAGAACAAGGACCACGAAGAGGAUCAAUUCUAGAACAAGGGCAACGCAGAGGUUCAUUAGCCCAAGAUCAGCGCAAAGGGUCAUUAUCAGGACAAAAAUCACACAGAAUGUCACUUACAGAAUAUGAACCAGAGUCAAUAAUAGAAGAGUCAGAACAAGAACCAGUGAGAGAAACAAUUCCUGAGACCGCAUUACUGGGGGACAGAGAUGAAGAAGCAGUUGACAGUUCUGCAGUGGCCACAUCAAGUAAAAAAGAUCUUGUUGCAGAACCUUCAAAAACCAGCAUUCAGAAGGACAAAGCCUGUGAACCAAAGUCCCAGAAAAUAGAAGGAAAGACAUGGAAAGGUGAAUUUCUUACCUGUAACUGGAAAACACAGUAUAUCAAAUUUGAAGAUGAGGAACAGGCAAACUUAAUCUAUGCUAACGCCAGGUUCACAGACUUACAUUCAAUUAUCAGAAAUAUUCUGUCCUACAAGGAACUAAAAGGCAGGAGUGCCUUCAAUGGAGUUUCCUUAAAUCUGAUCCAGUUUGUCCAAUUCCUGGAGACAUUCGUUGGAGAAGAUACUCAGCUGAGUGUCAGUGAGAGCCUCGUCUCUUUUUUUAAGAAAAACUAUGUAGAAACAGAAGAAGAGAAAAUUAAUGCCUUAGAACAGAUUAGGCACAAUGCUUUUCAAAUCCGACAAGGACUUCUUCUAGAAGCACUCUUUCAGAAGUGGGACAGUAAUUGCUCAGGCUUUUUGGAUCUGAAGGAAGUUGAUGAAAUCUUGUACACAUACAAGGAGGGAAUGGAAAAAGAAUCUAUGAAGAAAGCAAAACUACACAUCCAGUUUCCAGAAUCACGCCCUGAUCAAGAGGUGAAGUUGUCUUCAAAACAAUUUCAGAAAUACAUAGAAUUAGUUGUCUCUGAGCUCACGGGCAAUGAAGAUGAAGUUCUAGAAAAUGUUGUAGAAUUCCUAAUGGAUAAUUUAGAGAAGAACCAUAUUGAAGGUCUGAGAAAUUUUGCAAGACGAAAAUGGCUACAUCAAAUCCAAUUUGCUGCAGAGACAAGUGGGGUAUCCUUGGAGCCUGUGUACACUGAGACCUUUAAAGUCCUCACCCAGGACGCUGAAGCCCACGGAAAUAAGAAGAUCAGUGCUCACAUUUCCCUCUUAGAAGAAAAUGUGCUACUGCCAUCUAGAGGAAAGGUUCUCUUGAGGAAUGUGGCUUGUACUCUAGAUGAUGCUCCCUUUGUACUGAACAAAGUACUCUACCGGGACAUGAAGGGAAUCAGCUUUACAGUUGUGGAUGAAGGCAUACCAAUCCAUGUGCCCCAAGUUCAGUAUCAUGGGAACAUCUUCUUCUGGAACAAUACCCGCAAAAAGGAUGAAUAUAAUGGGUCCUUCCUGGCUCUGCCUCUUCAGGAUGUCUAUAUGAGAAUCUUUGGCGUCUUGGCUAUUGAUACUCUUAGAGAUCCUAAUGAAAUAAACAUCUUCCUUCCUCAUGAGAUCAAGUUCUAUCAAGGUGUUGCCAAAGUCUUUAGCUCUGCCUAUCACUAUGUUCACAACCGGGAGCACAUCUUACACACUGUCAUCACUGGCAUCCACUGGCUCUAUAACCAAACAGUUGGUAUCAUCUCCAUCACUACAUACUUUGUUGAACCUAGUCCAGAACAGGAGGCAGGCUAUGUUUUACGCAACAUGAUGGUUGUACCAUACAAGGGUCUAACAGAAAUCCACACGAGGCCCCCUACCAUCUCCAGGAAAGCCUGCAUCUUCAGAGAUUUCCUCUUCAAGUGUACAGACAGUUCAGAAGUUAUAUUGGCCUCUGCCUGUGGAGAAACACAUAUAGUAAUUCCACUUCGUGAAAAAACAGGAGAGGCUCUUGGAACCCUUGAUGUUAAUAUCGGCAAGAUAAGAAUGUUAUUUUUUCAAGAAUAUAAAGAUCUACAGAAAAUGACGAAGAUGAUCCAAGCUGCCUGCUAUGAACUACUGGAGGAAUUAACUGGAGACACACAGAAAAACUUCGUCUUAGAGAUGGAAAGAUUAGGGGAAGUGCAGCGGGCAGGAAUUCUGUUCUUCCGGAUCAUGCUGCAGGAGCUGAAGCAAUGCCUCCAACAGCUUGGUUCCAUGGACUUUGUGUCGCUGAUACUCUAUGAUCAUGAAUCUCAGUUAGUGUUCAACCUUCCUCAAGACAAGGCACAGACGUGGGAAAUCUGGGUAAACAUCGUACAAGACAUCCUGAGAGGAGUGAUCUUAUUCUUUCAUCCCGAGUUGGAGCUUUCACAGGACCUCGCAGAUUGGGAUGCCUGUAAAUUUUAUAUUAACCACUAUUUAGUUGAGAAAAUUUGUACCUUGGACCCAACUUCUAACGAUGAAGAAAUCAUUUCAGAGACCAUUGCUAAUUACAUUAAAGGUUAUUCUCGUAUCCAAAUAUGGGAAUUAGGUAAUAUUGUCAUUGAGCUUUUAUACCACUGGAUUCACAUCUGUUUGGCUCUCAUAGACCUAAAGAAAAAAGCAAAUGAUGGAUUUACACCUCCCUUGCCCUGCAGGAGUGAAAAAUCAAACAUAGUCAGAAAUGGCAGUGACUAGUUAAUGGACUUGGUACAGCAUUUAGGAUGCUUUGAUCAUGUUCAGUGUUGUUGGUUAAUUAUAAAAUAUUUUCAACAGAAAGGAAGGCUGCACAGACAUCUUCUCAUAGACAUUUAUGUCAGCACUUUCUAAAAGCACAAGUGCUACCUAAGGAGAAAUUUUAUGUAAAGUAACCACUGAAGGUCACCAUAACCAGUAACAUAUUUAAGUAUGUUCUAGAAUAUAUUUUGAAAGUUCUUUUUUAGUUUAAGCUUUGUAUCUGCCAUGAGGUGAUUUGGUGGAUAGAGCGGUUUUAUCUUUUUUCUUUUUUGAAGGUCCAAAGUAAAGGAAGAUGGGAGUAUUUAGUGGUGGGAAAAUUGCAAUUUUACA